AUGUCCGCCGAGGAGCAGCAAGCGGCCAAGUCCGAAUUCGACAAUGUCGUGUCGCAGUCGCAGUUCAAGAACAUUGGAGACAUCGUUGAGAAGGGAGAGGGCGACGAUGAGGACCUGGGUCCUAUGUCGAUUGAGUCUCUCUGCAUGAACUGCCACGAGAAUGGAGUCACCCGCCUGCUUCUCAUUCGUGUCCCCUACUUCCGCGAUAUCAUCCUUGAGUCUUUCUCGUGCGAACACUGUCACUUUGCCAACAAUUCCAUCAAGGCAGCUGGUCAAAUCCAAAGCCAAGGCGCAAAGUACACCCUCGAAGUUGAGAGCACAGACGAUAUGCAAAGACAAUUAGUUAAGUCGGAUCAAGGAAUCCUGACCAUCGAUACCCUUGGAAUUGAAGCUCCCCGUGAGGGUAACUUGACCAACGUUGAGGGCGCAAUCCAGCGUGUCCACGAAGGUCUUUCCAACGACCAGCCCGCUCGCAAGGAGCAAGCCCCCGAGCUCUACGAGUCCCUCCAGCCCCUGGUCGACCGCCUCAAGAGCUUCUUGGAUGGCACCGGCUUCCCCUUCACCAUCUCCCUCGACGACCCCACUGGAAACUCUUGGAUCGCCCCUAACACCCUGGACCGUGGCAACAAGUACCGUACCAAACUCUACUACCGCACCCACGAGCAGAACGAGGAGCUCGGAAUCUCCGCUGAUCCCGAGGCUGCGCAGACAGAGGAGGGCCCCGACUCUGAGAUCGUGGAUGGCAAGGAAUACUGCUUGCCUGCCGAGUGCCCUGGCUGCACUAAGCCAUGCGAGCUGCUUAUCAAGAAGGUCAACAUUCCUUACUUCAAGGAAGUCUACCUGUGGAGCAACGUCUGCGAGCACUGCGGACUGCGUUCAUCUGAUGUCAAGACUGGUGGAGAGGUUCCGGAGCUCGGCAAGCACAUCACCUUGGUCGUGAAGGAACAGGUUGAUCUUUCCCGCGAUAUCCUCAAGUCUGACACCUGCGCCGUGCACAGUGACGAGCUCGAGAUCUCGAUCCAGCCUGGUACACUCGGUGGCCGUUUCACCACCCUUGAGGGCCUGCUCACCGAGGUGCGCGACAGCUUGAAGGGUCACCUGUUCGAUAUUGGCGGCGGCGGCGGUGACAGUCUCGAGACUAACGAAAAGGCCAAGUGGGAUCGCUUCUUCGAGCGUCUUGAAUGCGCUAUCAACGGCGACCUUGAGAAGUUCGGCGGCCAGUUUACUAUUACUCUCAGCGAUCCCCUGGCCAACAGCUACGUCCAAGAUCUGUGUGCGCCUGCUGCGGAUCCUCAGCUCACCAUCGAGGAGUAUAAGCGCACAGACGAAGAAGAGGAUGACCUUGGUCUCAAGGACAUGAAGACCGAGGGUUACGAGGAAGACGCCCAGAAGGAGGAGCAGAAGUCAUAA